AUGGGUUCUUAUGGAGGAAUGCCUAAUAUCAAAAAUUUUGAAGCUAUAGUGUAUUGUAGUGACCUUGACGAAAAAGUUGAUGAACAAUUAUUAUAUGAGUUAAUGAUUCAAGCAGGGCCUGUUGUUAAUAUCUCUAUUCCAAGAGAUCGAAUCUCAAAUCAACAUAAAGGAGUUGCUUAUGUUGAAUUUCAACAUGACUACGACGCAGAUUAUGCUGUAAAAGUAUUUGGAGAUAAUAUUAAGUUAUAUGGCAAACAAGUAAAAUUUAGUAGAAAUAUUCAAUUAAAGAAAUCUGUAGACAUUGGGGCAAAUUUAUUUGUCAGUGGUAUUGAUGAUAGUGUAAGUGAAAUUGCAUUGAGUGAUGCAUUUAGAAACUUUGGUAAUAUUAUUUCUUCAGUGAAAAUUGAAAAAAAUGAAAAAACAGGAAAAAACUUUGCAUUUAUAAGUUAUGAUAAUUUUGAUGCGUCUGAUAAAGCCAUUGCAAAUAUGAAUGGGCAAAUGAUGGGUGGUAAACAAAUUAGUGUUGAAUAUGCCUUUAAAAAUAAAAAAGGAGAAAGGUAUGGAGAUGCUUCUGAAAGGUUAUUAGCUCGUGGAAAGUAG